AGUGGCCGUCGCCAUCUGCCAGGAAACGCAAGCACUAGUGUUUUGCUUGUUAGCGAGUAUCCCUAUCCAAAUUAGAAGUUUCUGAGAUUUACAUGUCCUAUUUAGUAGUCAUAUAAAACGGCAACCACUUUAGGCCAUGGCCAAAAAAAGAAAAAUGAAUCGACGUUAAGUUACACAGGUUACGCUAACCACACCAGCAGUUAGUGAACCUUGGCUGCUUUGGCCAGAGUGCCAGAUAAGCAUGAAUUUUAACCAUUUUAGCGCUUGUUGCAUAACUCCGACAUUUCAGUCUCCCAUCUAUUGUGUUUAUAGUCUUCGAUGAGUUCUACGAUGGGUUCUGCAUGCUGUUAAGGAUGGUAUUCUACAUCUGCCCACCUUCAGGUCGAGUUCAUUUUGAGAGACUGCAGGGCUAUGGAGAAAAACGGCUCUUGUUUUUACUAGCUGUCAGAGAGACCGAGGGAUGCCUUUCUGCCAUCCAUCAACUAAUGCAGUGCGAAUCUGUUUUUCGGAAUACGGACUGCCUGGUGGAAGGGUCCAUGCAAGAUAUUGCUUCACAUUUUAUUCUUAGGUUUACGUCAUGCAGGUACCAGAACAUGCUUGAUGCGCUGGUUGUGGCAGAGUCUAUGCUGUUCAAGUACAGGAUUGAAACCCUGAGCUGGGAAGAAAAGCGAGAGCUUUUUGAGCAUGCCAUGCACGAAGUAGAAGCAACGAGGCAAUGUCACCUGAGUGACGAGUACAGAGGAGCCCUAAGUACCCUUGAAAGGGUGUUGAGAACUGUUUUAGCACGUUGGGACAGCAUCCGCGGUGGUCAACAUUUUACUCUAUCUAUUCCAUUUCAACACGUUCUAAGGUUGGUGGACCAACGUCUUGUCACACUGAAGAAUGGCUCUGCUAUCACUUCUACCUCCUCUAUCAAUGGAGUCUUGGAAUCUCUCUUUGAUACCGUGCUGAACCAUGCCAUAGUGCAUUUCAGCCAGUCGCCAGUCUUUCGCGCUAUGGAAGAGGACAUGCGCAUGACUAGGAUACAGACAUUUCUACGGGCUACAUACAGGCAUAGAACAAGGCAGCCACGGCCUUCUCUCGAUAGCAGAGGAGUUGCCUUGACUGCAGGUGGCAUUGAUGCAGUGGCUAAAUUUUUCCCACCAUGCAUGGCACACCAUCACAGACGCUUAAGAACAGUGCACAGAUUGCCUCAUACAAUGAGGAUAGAGUACACGCUGUUCCUCAAGGAAAUUGGCCUCCCAUUGGACGAAGCCCUGAAGUUCUGGUCGCAGGAAUACAUGCGCACCUGCAGCAAAAGUUCAUCCUGCAGUCACACGUGGAACAAAGACAGAAGGCGCUUCAGCUACAGCAUACGUCACCUGUAUGGAUAUGAAGGGUCGCGGAAGAACUACUCUUCACAUUCCUGCCGGCACUUACAGCAGAAUGCCAGUUGUCCGUUAGUUGCCUGCAGCAAGGAAGAGCUCCUUGAACAUGUAUCUUACCACAAACAGGUUCAGGAUGUUGAAGAUAUCUGGAAACUGUGCAGUGAAGGGAGGCACCUGACUGCUUGUCAACUUCAUCAGCAACAAGUGCACGUCCAUCACAAUGUGCAGAGUUCUGCUCUGCAGAAAAAUUGUUGCAAACCAAAACACCAGACAUUGAACAAAGACAGUAAAACAUGUGGAAGAGACGUUGCAGCGAUAACAUCCUUAAAUUUCAGGAAGCCCACAGAAUAUUAUGCUUCUCUAAUGAACUUGUUUUGCAAUUGCAACACUUAAAAAGUGAGAUGAAGUGCAAUUUUUGAUUCACUCUUAUUAAUGAAAUUAAACACAUUACAGAGCAUGUGAUACAUAGACAAUUUUCACAGAGCAAAACUGAAAAAGCUUGAAAUGUUUAAGCAUGCAUGAGCAGUGUCACUCUUCACUAAAUUUACCCGACAUUAUAUGUGAAACAAUAAAAAGUUGGUAAUGAAACUACUA